CGCCCUUUACUUCACAAUACGAUCAUCAAAAUCCCCCAAAUUAGGGUUCUUGAUUUCCAAAAUUUUCCACUCCAAAUUCCUCAGUUUCCUCUUCCAGCUCCGAUUCGACGAUGAGUUCCGCCGGCGGUUCCACCAAGGGAGGUCGCGGCAAGCCCAAGGCCACCAAGUCCGUUUCCCGAUCGCACAAAGCCGGCCUCCAGUUCCCCGUCGGCAGGAUCGCCAGGUUCCUCAAGGCCGGAAAGUACGCCGAGCGUGUCGGCGCCGGAGCUCCCGUCUAUUUGUCCGCCGUUCUGGAGUAUCUCGCUGCCGAGGUUCUGGAGCUCGCGGGGAAUGCGGCGAGAGACAACAAGAAGAAUCGUAUUGUACCGAGGCAUAUUCAGCUCGCUGUGAGGAACGAUGAGGAGUUGAGUAAGCUUCUGGGCUCUGUAACCAUCGCCAAUGGAGGAGUUUUGCCCAACAUUCAUCAAACUCUCUUGCCUAAAAAGGUGGGGAAAGAUAAGGGCGAUAUUGGAUCGGCAUCGCAGGAAUUCUAGAGUUUGAUUUAGGGUUUUUUUUUGUUUUGAUUUUGGUAGUAUCUUUUUACUAGAGAUGGCAAUUCUCUGAUAUGAAAUGGAUAGGAUUUGCAUCUGUUGAAUGUACUGCAUUUCUUCAGAUUUAUGUCAUCUUAAUUUUGUUUAGAUGCAUAUAGUUUAUCAGUUGUGAGAUUGUUAGUGGUUGUUGUUUCAAGAAUGAUGAAUCUAACUCCCUUUUACAGUUACAAGUCGAUUUAAUGGCUG